GUCCGCAGAGAGCGAGGGAGAGGGGAAGGACGCCGGCACAGGAGUAUAGUAUGCACACCUACACCUCAAGCCUGUGAAGAUUAAUAAGGCACCUUUCGAAGGUGUGAGGCACCGGGGCCAGGGCGCAGGCUGUCGAGAAAAUACGUGACUCGUGAGACAAAAGCGCGUUUGGAAAGGCCCCAAUCCCAAAUAGCAGCACACGUGAGGGGGUUUGACAUCACCGUCAUGUCGUCGCUCUUCAACGGAGGACGCGAAGCUCCCAGCGUCUCGGCCGGGAUCACGGUGAACGUGGCCGAACUCGUAGAGGCGUUUCCCAACUACCAGGAACCGGACCGUGUGCAGCGUGAUGUGCUGGAGCUCUCCAAGAGCUGUAAGACCUUGGUCCCCAAGCGAGGGAGCGUGGAUUUGGAAUCUGGGCGAGCGGAACUGUUGACGCUACACGGGACAUUUCCCAUGGUGUUCCGCGACGCACAGUACUUCACCCCUGUACAGAUCUACAUCACGGAGAGCUACCCGGCUUCUCCCCCGGUGUGCUACAUCAUACCCACUCCUGGUAUGUCCUUGAGAGCUGGCCAUCAAAGUGUCGACGAAACCGGCCUGGUCUCCCUGCCCUACUUGCAAGGCUGGAGCGCCGCUCACAACCUGGUGGAGUUAGUGGGCACCAUGUCGACCGUUUUUGGAGCGCAACCCCCGCUUUUCGCCACCCCCUCGCCCAGUUCCUCGACUCCCACCAAGACCACAAAGGCUUCUGGUGCUUCCGGAAAGCAAGGCACCUUGCAAGUGGUGUGCCCCAACUACGGAAGAACGGGGACCAAGUCAAUGAAAGCAGCCCUAGAGAUCCUAGGGUUUGGGCCGUGCUACCAUAUGGUCAGCCUAGUUGGGAGCCACCUGAAGAAUCACCCACAGGCGAGUGGUGCACUGUGGGUGGAUGGGUUCCAGGGCCGCGGGCUCGACGUCAACAAAAUAUUGGACGGAUACAAGGCGGUCGUGGAUUGGCCGGCGGCAAGUUUCUACAAGGAGGUCUUGCAAUCGAACCCGCACGCGAAGGUCAUCAUGACCGUGAGGGACCCAGAUGCUUGGUGGAACAGCAUGGUGGCGUCCAUCCACACCAUGAACCCUGUCCUCGGGGGAUGGGGAAUAUUCUUCCUGGAGGUGCUCAAGUCCGACGUCCGUCUGUACAAGCACAUGCUGGGGUACAUAAAGACCCACACGAUGGAAGAAGACGAGGCGAAGGCUGAUUACGUCAGGCACAACAAGGAGGUCUUGGCUCACGUCGGUGCUGAUAAGGGACGCGAGCUGCUCGAGUUCUCCGUGGAGCAGGGGUGGGGACCGCUCUGCAAGUUCCUCGACGUCCCUGUGCCUGACGUGCCAUUUCCUAACGUCGAUUCCCGAGAGGAGCUGAAGAUCACGUUGAACAGAUUCAACCGCCAUGGGUGGUUGAUCAUGGCGGCGACAGUGACCGUUGCGGGGGCGAGCGUGGCAGCGGCUUCGUUCUUUGGAGGCAAACGCGCGGGCGGUGCGCUUGCCGCCACCGAGGCCUUGAUCUUGACGUCACGUUUCCGUAAGGCUCUCGCCGUGAGACGAAUCGACUAGGGAGAACAAACACGGCGUUUCAUUCGUGUAGUGUCUCUGGACGCCAGCAUCUACGUUUCUUCUCCGAGCGGUGCUGCCGGACUCGGCCGCCACGGCUUCUUCGUAUUGCUGUGUUGCACACGAACACGAUAGUCUCGCGGGCUGCCAUUUCCGUGCCACCACCAACGCCUUCGCGUCUUACUGAGACGUGCCGUUCUGAAUGGGUCGCCUUUGCAUGGCUUGCUACCUGACACCACCAGGAUGCGACUAUGGUUGCUGGGAACACGGGCCCACGCCGCUGCUGCUUCACGUAUUUGCUGUCGCAAGAGGGCUAUAAGGUCGGGGCCGGAAUUACUCUCAAUACAUUUUUUUUCAUUUGGCCAUGAUAGAGUUUUUUGUGGCGUUCAUGAAGCGAGGCGAGGCUGUGGUACUUCCGCGAAAGAGAAGACUCAUCGUCGGUUUCGCCCCCUCUUGUUGGCCGUCGUGGUGUACAUUUCUGCUGCACAGCAAGAAAAGUGUGUUGGUUGGAUCUUGUGAGUUCAAUCAUCGAUCGCGCGUGUCAAAUCCUUCCGUCGACUAGGAAUAAUGAAUGUUGCGUGAGAGGGGGCGCGAAUACCGUGAGAAAGACUGGAUACGGACGGACGCAGUAACAAACAUAAGAAAACAGGUAGUUUCAACACAUACAAGGCCCGAUAUAAAACGAAAGAAGCUUUUGUACACGACACACAACCACCCCGAGGGCGCACAAAAAUGGCUACAACAAAUACUUCGUGUUCCAGGCAAUCGUCAAGUUUCAUCGGGGUGUUUUUUGUGCGACGCUUGUGCGUUUUUUGUCCGGUGUCUUAUGGU